UUUCCCAUUUCAUUCACAAACUCAUUUUCCUUAUCCGGCAUCACUUGCAAAAUUUUUCACAAAAAAAUUUCCAGUCGUAAGCCGAACAGUAGGAGAGAGCGAACAACUUAUAAUCAACAUCAACUUCGCAUCUUGGAAAGAUUUUUUAUAGAGUCGCAUUAUCCAGACAUGUAUGCUCGUGAGCAUAUCGCUCAACAAAUCGGCCUUCCAGAGGCUCGAGUUCAGGUAUGGUUCAAGAAUCGUCGCGCUAAAGAACGUAACAAAGGUCCGAAAGUUCAAAAUAAAACUAAUGACGCUAAAAUUACGCCAACUCCACCACCACAAGAACCUCUGCGAUAUGCAACCGCAAUAAUGAUUCCUGGAUCACAAGAAUUUAAUGAAAGGCCACAACAAAGGUGA